UUUUUUUACCUGCCCAAAUAAAAUCAAUAUUUAUCAUAGUCAUUUGAUUAUACUCGCUCAAAUGGAAUAAACGAGAAUCGAAAUUCGAUUUCGUUUCUCCGAAUCGAUAUUAACCAAAAAUUUUUACAGAUAACAUACUUAUAGAAUAAUAAUAUUUGAAAACAGAAUCCAAAUUGAAGAAGUUUAACGCAGCAUCAUGUCAAGCCCGUCGUUAAAAGAUCUACCUAAAGUGGCGCUAGAUUUGAAAAGCGAGCUAGAAGGCUUCAAUCACGGUUGUAUGAAGAAGGCAGCAACUGCGGAGAAAAACGUCUUGCCCUCUGCAGAAGACGUACGACAAGAGCGACAACAUUCCGAAUUGAUUCACGACGUGGAAAGUUUUAAACAACAUCAAUUGAAGCAUGCAGAUACAAAAGAGAAGAUUAUUUUACCAAAUGCCAAAGAUGUUGCAGCAGAAAAAACUCAGCAAACGCUGAUCGCUGGCAUUGAAACAUUUGAUCCAACUAGUUUGAAACAUACUACAACUCAGGAGAAGAAUCCAUUGCCUGAUAAAGAUGCGAUUCAGCAAGAAAAGGGAAAACAACAAUUGAUCUCUGGAAUCGAAAAUUUCGAUCCAGCGAAACUCAAGCAUGCAGAAACGCUUGAAAAAAAUCCUUUGCCUACCAAAGAAGCAAUCGAUGCUGAGAAAAUAGCUGCUUAAGAAUAUUGUCAGAAGAAUGAA